UAGGCGUGACAGGUGACAGCUGAUUAUAGCUUCUCUCUGACAAGAGAGAAAUUGAUGUUUAAAUUUAUUUUUCUUCAAUAAGAUAUAUAAUUUUUCAAAGUUUAAAUUUUCGCAAAAUAUUAACGAUUGCUAGAGUGAUUUGAGAUUAUCUUAUCAAUGCGCUUAACGUUAUCAAACGUCAAGAGCGUGAUUCAUUAAUAUGGUUAUGUAUGGAGGCAAAUUGGCUUUAUUGACUUCACGAUUAGUCAAAAGUAGAUUGAUGAGCAUUCGAGAAAUGAGUACAGCGGUUAACGCCGAUUGCGUAAAAUCUCUAUUGUAUAAGGAGUAUGGCGAUCCCAUCGAGGUUCUUCAAGUAACCACUCAAACGGUAGAACAACCAGCAAAUGAUCAAGUAUCUGUAAAAUGGCUAUUGGCCCCAGUGAACCCAGCUGACAUAAAUACGAUACAAGGAAAAUAUCCUAGCAGACCUCCAUUACCAGCAAUACCAGGAAAUGAAGGGGUCGGAGAGAUAGUAGCGAUUGGUUCCAGUGUGCAAACUUUGCGCAUUGGAGAUAAGGUGGUGCCAAAUGGCCCCAAUUUUGGAACAUGGAGAACAUUGGCUAAUUAUAAUUUUAAAGAUGUCAUGAAAAUGCCGAGUGAUGUUGAUCUAGUUGCAGCUAGUAUGAUGAAUGUGAAUCCGUGUACAGCGUACAGAAUGCUGAAAGAUUUUGUUCCACUGAAGCCUGGAGAUACUGUGAUACAAAAUGGUGGUAACUCUGCAGUUGGUCAAUUGGUCAUUCAAUUAUGUAAAAUAUGGAAUUACAAGUCUGUCAGUGUUGUUAGGGAUAGACCAAAUAUACAGGAAUUGAAGAAUCAACUGACAAGCUUAGGGGCGGACGAAGUUUUGACCGAAGCUGAAGUUCGAGGUACACAAAUAUUCAAAAGCAAAAAAUUGCCCACACCUAGAUUAGCUCUCAACUGCAUCGGUGGGCAGAGUGCGCACGAAGUAUUGAGACAUCUUGCUCAAGAUGGUAUUAUGGUGACUUAUGGAGGCAUGUCUAGGGAGCCAUUGACCAUACCAAUAGCUUCGCUUAUUUUUAAAAAUAUAUCGUUUAAAGGAUUUUGGAUGACAGCUUGGACGCAAGCAAAUACAGAAUCUCAGGAAAGAGAAGAUAUGUUUAAAGAUCUAGCGACUCUCUUUAGAGAUAAAAAGUUGCAGCCACCACCACAUAAAUUGGUACCCUUCUGCGAGUAUCAAGAAGCUAUCAGUAAAGCGCUCAGUUUCGAUGGUAAAACGGGUGUAAAAUACAUCUUAGAUUUGACGAAAUCUUAAAAUUGUUUUAGUAUUGCAGUAUUGUACAUACAAAGUCUGUUUUUGUAUCAGAACUUUCACCAAUGCAUUUAAAAUCAUUGCAAUAUUUUGUAAUAUAUGCGUAAUGUUUUAUAUGAUUCACAUAAACUGAUGCACUUUUUGUAAAAUAGGGGAAUCUUUAUAUAGAGGUGUAUUUAUCUUUAGCAAAAAUAGUGGGAAUAUAUAAAUAUGUGGGAAAAAUAUAGAACAUAUAAUUGCAACUGCAGA